AUGCUCUCCGCAAAGCUCUUCCUGCCCGCCAUCCUCCUCACUGCCGGCAGCCUCGCGCAGUCGAUCGCCGCCAAUGACCUCGCGAAGCGCGACUGGCCUUACGCGCCUGCCGAGUGCACCGAUCAGAAUUGGCAUUGUCUGACGAUUGACACAACUAAUGGCGCUUUUUCAGGCUUCAAACAGCUGUACUGCAAGGAGGCGAAGGUCCAGGACGAGGGCAAUCACCGCACGUACUUCUUCAACGGCGCUUGCGAGGGCGCCAUCAAGAUGAAAUGUCCUGGCCCUUCGCACAAAGCCCUCAAAGUGGGGUUCACCAAUUUUUGCUUUGAGCGAAAGCCAGACAAUGCCUCUGUCUUGAAUACCGUCGAUCCCAAUGCGAAGGGCCUUACCAGCGAUGGAAUGACGAUGCUGCUCACUGACGGGAAGUCCACAAAGACCAGUACGACGCCUUGGGUCGAUUUCUAUCUUACUUGUCGUUAUGCGUAG